AUGUACUCUAAGAAAGGCAUAAUUUUACAUCAGAUGAAAUACGAACUUGAGCUUCUGAAGAGGUUUGAGUUGUUGAGUUGUAAAGUUGAUGUCACACCUGCUGAUACAAAUCAAAAAUUGGAUUCUGAUACUGAUGGUGAUGAUAUAGAUGUGAUAAUGUUCAAGCAGUUGGUAGGGUCUCUGAGGUAUUUGUGUAAUACCAGACCUGAUAUUUGCUAUGCACUUGGAAUGACGAGUAGUUUUAUGAGUAAACCGAUGUGGUCUCAUUACCAAAAUGUUGCCAGAACUCUGAGGUAUAUAAAGGGAACUCCAAAAUAUGGAUUUUUGUUCCCUUCAGGUGCUGAAACUGGCUCAGAACUUCUGAGUUACUUAGAUUCUGAUUGGUGUGGAGACAAAGUUGAUAAAAGAAGUACUUAUGGAUACUUGUUUAAGUUUCUGGGAAGUCAUAUUUCUCGGUGUUCCAUGAAGUAA